AUGUGCGAUACCGCCAUUUUCUACUUUUGCCAGUCAACGCAGCGGUGUAUCGCUCAUUGGUCGAUGACCAUGUCUAGACGCGUUCAUUUACGCUUGAACAUGAAGAUGCAAAACUACUUUCCUGUGAAUGUGUCUUCGAUGGAUCCUUCUAAGCAGGCAUUCCUGAUACAGCAAUCUUUAAAUAAGGUUUUUUUUUCAAAGACAUCUAUUAUUAUUAUUAUUAUUAUUAUUAUUAUUAUUAUUAUUAUUAUUAUUAUUAUUAUUAUUAUUAUUAUUAUUAUUAUUAUUAUUAUUAUUAUUAUUAUUAUUAUUAUUAUUAUUAUUAUUAUUAUUAUUAUUAUUAUUGUUAUUAUUAUUAUUAUUAUUAUUAUUAUUAUUAUUAUUAUUAUUAUUAUAUUAUUAUUAUAUUAUUAUUAUUAUUAUUAUUAUUAUUAUAUAUUAUUAUUAUUAUUAUUAUUAUUAUUAUUAUUAUUAUUAUUAUUAUUAUUAUAUUAUUAUUAUAUUAUUAUAUAUUAUAUAUUAUUAUAUAUAUAUAUAUAUAUAUAUUUUAUUAUUAUUAUUAUUAUUAUUAUUAUUAUUAUUAUUAUUAUUAUUAUUAUUAUUAUUAUUAUUAUUAUUAUUAUUAUUAUUAUUAUUAUUAUUAUUAUUAUUAUUAUUAUUAUUAUUAUUAUUAUUAUUAUUAUUAUUAUUAUUAUUAUUAUUAUUAUUAUUAUUAUUAUUAUUAUUAUUAUUAUUAUUAUUAUUAUUAUUAUUAUAUUAUUAUUAUUAUUAUUAUUAUUAUUAUUAUUAUUAUUAUUAUUAUUAUUAUUAUUAUUAUUAUUAUUAUUAUUAUUAUUAUUAUUAUUAUUAUUAUUAUUAUUAUUAUUAUUAUUAUUAUUAUUAUUAUUAUUAUUAUUAUUAUUAUUAUUAUUAUUAUUAUUAUUAUUAUUAUUAUUAUUAUUAUUAUUAUUAUUAUUAUUAUUAUUAUUAUUAUUAUUAUUAUUAUUAUUAUUAUUAUUAUUAUUAUUAUUAUUAUUAUUAUUAUUAUUAUUAUUAUUAUUAUUAUUAUUAUUAUUAUUAUUAUUAUUAUUAUUAUUAUUAUUAUUAUUAUUAUUAUUAUUAUUAUUAUUAUUAUUAUUAUUAUUAUUAUUAUUAUUAUUAUUAUUAUUAUUAUUAUUAUUAUUAUUAUUAUUAUUAUUAUUAUUAUUAUUAUUAUUAUUAUUAUUAUUAUUAUUAUUAUUAUUAUUAUUAUUAUUAUUAUUAUUAUUAUUAUUAUUAUUAUUAUUAUUAUUAUUAUUAUUAUUAUUAUUAUUAUUAUUAUUAUUAUUAUUAUUAUUAUUAUUAUUAUUAUUAUUAUUAUUAUUAUUAUUAUUCAAGACACUUGAAAGUAUAUAUUUCCAGUUUGUUGGUGCUACCGGGGAGCAGCUGGCUCCGGGUGCAGUGCCUCAACAACCCGUUCUAGCCGCGGGUUUGGCGCCGUCUGCCCAUGCUCUGUCAUCGCUUCAAGGUCAUCACCUUAAUAACAUGGUUGCUGCUAUUCAAAAGCAGGCUCAGAAUGUGACGUUCAUACAGAAUUCGCCUGGUGGCACGCAAGGGGCUGCUCAACUUGGACCUCUAGACGUGGCAGCGAUCACAGAAAAGGCUCAUAGGCUGUACCAGGCCGGGGACUACGCAAAUGCGGAACGACAUUGUCUGAUGAUCUAUCAACAAGAUCGUAGUAAUGUCAGCGUACUCCUGUUGCUCUCAUCCAUCCAUUUCCAGUUGAAGAACCUCGAAAAGUCAAAACAAUUCUCGACCAUGGCUAUUCAAGCUAAUAAUCAGUGUGCUGAGGCCUACAGUAACCUCGGAAAUGUCUUUAAAGAGCGAGGCGAACUAGCGGAAGCUCUUGAGAAUUACAAGUACGCAGUAAGGCUGAAGCCAGAUUUUAUUGAUGGAUACAUCAAUUUGGCAGCUGCUCUUGUUGCUGGUGGUGAUCUUGAUCAAGCCGUAGCCGCUUAUCUAAGUGCGCUUAAUUAUAACCCAGAGUUGUACUGUGUGCGCAGCGAUUUGGGAAACCUUCUGAAAGCAAUGGGUCGCCUGGAAGAUGCGAAGAUAUGCUAUCUGAAAGCUAUUGAAACCCAGCCGCAAUUUGCCGUGGCUUGGUCCAAUCUUGGUUGUGUCUUUAAUGCUCAGGGUGAAAUUUGGCUUGCAAUUCAUCAUUUCGAAAAAGCUGUUCAACUAGACCCAAAUUUCCUUGACGCAUAUAUCAAUCUUGGAAACGUUUUGAAGGAAGCAAGAAUCUUCGACAGAGCUGUUGCUGCUUAUCUACGUGCUCUCAACCUAGCAUCUAAUCAUGCAGUUGUUCACGGUAACCUGGCUUGCGUAUACUACGAGCAGGGGUUAAUUGACCUGGCAAUUGAUACCUACCGACGUGCAAUCGAACUACAGCCCAACUUCCCGGAUGCGUACUGUAAUUUAGCAAACGCCUUGAAAGAAAAAGGGCUUGUACAGGAAGCAGAAAAUGCUUAUAUGACUGCUCUAGGGCUUUGUCCUACUCACGCAGACUCCCAAAACAAUUUGGCAAAUAUUAAACGAGAGCAAGGAAAGAUUGAGGAAGCGACAAGACUAUAUUUGAAAGCACUAGAGAUAUACCCUGAAUUUGCUGCUGCGCAUAGUAAUCUGGCUUCAAUUCUCCAACAACAAGGCAAAUUGCAGGAGGCGAUCUUGCACUAUAAGGAAGCGAUCCGGAUUGCUCCUACAUUUGCCGAUGCAUAUUCGAACAUGGGAAACACCCUUAAGGAGAUGGGGGAUGCUGCAAAUGCGAUGCAGUGCUACACUCGUGCUAUUCAGAUUAACCCGGCAUUUGCUGAUGCUCAUUCUAAUUUGGCAAGCAUACAUAAGGACUCUGGCAAUAUUCCUGAUGCCAUUCAAAGCUACUCCACCGCUUUAAAAUUGAAACCAGAUUUUCCCGAUGCGUUCUGCAAUCUUGCACACUGCUUGCAGAUAAUAUGUGAUUGGACAGACUAUGAGAACCGAAUGAAGCGACUGGUAGCAAUUGUGGAUGAUCAGUUGAGCAAGAAGCGUCUUCCAUCCGUUCACCCUCAUCAUUCCAUGCUUUAUCCGUUAACUCAUCAAACACGAAUUGCUAUUGCGGCAAAACACGCUCAGCUGUGCACGGAAAAGGUUGCAAUGUUGAACCAUCCACCUUUCAAUUACCCCGAUCGCUUGAGUGUUCGUAAUGGUGUUUCUCGCCUUCGUAUAGGAUACGUAUCUUCUGACUUCGGAAACCAUCCAACGAGCCAUUUGAUGCAGUCCAUUCCCGGGAUGCAUGACCGUUCAAGGAUAGAGGUGUUCUGUUAUGCUCUUUCUGCAAACGAUGGAACAAACUUCCGUCAAAAGCUUAUGAAUGAAGCUGAACACUUUGUUGAUCUGUCGCAGAUAUCCUGUAACGGCAAGGCAGCUGAUCGUAUUAAUCAAGAUGGAAUACAUAUCCUUAUUAACAUGAAUGGAUAUACAAAAGGUGCUCGGAAUGAAAUUUUCGCUCUUCGACCUGCUCCUCUCCAGGUUAUGUGGCUAGGAUAUCCUGGAACUUCUGGAGCUCCAUUUAUGGAUUACAUCAUUACCGAUGCUGUGACUUCACCCCUUCGCCUUGCUUAUGCGUAUAGUGAAAAGCUGGCAUAUAUGCCUCACACCUUCUUUAUCGGAGAUCAUGCGCAAAUGUUGAAGCAUCUUACUGAGCGUGUAAUACUUAAGGAUAAGUGUGCCCCUGUUGAGAAGGACAACGUGGCUGUCGUCAACGCAACUAAUUUGGAACCUCUGCUUAGUAAAGCUGAUGUUAAGCAUACUGUACGAGAAACGGAGGUGGUGUAUGGUCCUGCCAAAGAAAAAAUAAAAACUGAAGUUGUGGUACCGGUAGUGGAAGUUCCAACGACAGAGCCCCUCAAGCAAAUGAUCGGUGGUGGUUUAAUUGCCAGCAGCGUUGUAGAUGGUGUGCAUGUUCAUAAUGGGCUGACACAAAUUCAAAUGCACCAUAAAGCGGCCACCGGUGAAGAAGUGCCGCAGUCGCUUCUCCUUACAAGCCGCCAACAGUACAGCCUACCAGAGGAUGCAAUCGUAUUCUGCAACUUUAAUCAGCUGUAUAAGAUUGACCCAGCCACCUUGGAUAUGUGGAUUGAAAUUUUGAAACGGGUACCGAGAAGUGUUCUAUGGUUGCUUCGGUUUCCAUUCCAUGGCGAAGCUCAUGUGCACAAAUACUGCUCCGAACGAGAUAUUGACCCAAAACGGGUAGUUUUCAGCCAUGUCGCAGCUAAGGAAGAACAUGUUAGACGAGGCCAGUUGGCUGACGUAUGCCUGGAUACACCUUUGUGCAAUGGACAUACUACGGGAAUGGAUAUCUUGUGGACAGGAACGCCCAUGGUCACAAUGCCUUUAGAAACUCUUGCGUCUCGUGUUGCAUCAUCGCAGUUGUACGCUCUUGGUGUUCCCGAACUGGUGGCUAAAAACCGAGAGGAUUACGUCAACAUAGCAGUCAAACUUGGAACCGAUAAAAAUUAUUUGUCGACGAUACGUGCCAAGGUGUGGAAGGCACGCACAACGUCCACGUUGUUCAAUGUGAAACAGUACUGUACGGAUAUGGAAUCGCUGUUACAUCUGAUGUGGCGGCGGUAUGAAGAAGGACGGCCUAUUGAUCAUCUCACUCAAGGAGCCACACAAGUUGACUUCUAA